AGGCUCUCCACGCCACAGUCGCGUACUUCCCUCAGUCCCCCGUACAGUGUAUUUUCGUCUCCCCGCCCGCUGACAAGGACAUCAUCAUGGCUUAUCAGAUUGUCGACAGUAACUACGGAAAGAACUGGGUGAAGCUACUUCACGUGACUCGUAACGGGCCGGAGCACACGAUCCGCGAAUGGGAGGUGUGUAGCGAACUGACGCUGGACUCCAAGGACGACUACAUGAGCGGUGACAACUCAGCCAUCAUCGCCACCGACUCGCAGAAGAACACCAUCUACCUGCUGGCCAAGAACCACGGCCUGACGACGCCGGAGGAGUUCGGCCUGCUCCUGUGCCGUCACUUCCUCGCCCAGUACUCACACGUCAACCGCGUCAAUAUCCUCAUCAAGCAGCACCCCUGGAGCCGUAUACAGGCGGCUGACGCUCCUCACGAGCACGCCUUUGUGACCGUCCGCGAGGCGGAGCGUGGCUGCCAGGUGCGCCAGCUCCGCGGCCAGCAGGCCACCGUCUGGGCUGAGCUCAACGGUCUCCAGGUGCUGAAGACCACGCAGUCAUCGUUCGUCAACUUCGUCAACGACGAGUACCGCUCUCUGCCGGAUGCCAAGGACCGCGUCUUCUCGACGGUGGUGUCGGCGCGCUGGAGGUACGUCUGCUCGCAGCGUCCCGUCGACUACGACGCCUGCUGGUCGGCGGUGCGCGAGGCGAUCCUGGAGCUGUUCGCCGGGCCGGCGCGCGGCGGCAUCUUCUCGCCGUCGGUGCAGAACACGCUGUACCUGACGCAGGUCAGGGUGCUGAACCGGCUGCCCGACGUGGCUGAAAUCGAGAUGGUGAUGCCUAACAAGCACUACUUCUCAGUUGAUCUGUCCAAAUUUCCGCGCGUGGGCAGCGCGACCAACGACGAGGUAUUUCUACCCGUGGACAAGCCCUCAGGUAACAUCAGAUGCGUGCUGGCCAGGGCCAACUCCAAACUCUGAGCGGAAGAGCCGAUGUUUAUGGCAUUUAUGAACUGUUUGCCGAGAAAUUGGCGAUGACAAUGACGAUGGCCUGAUAUUGGUGAUAAAAUGGGA